AUGGACCCGGUGAGCGCCAUAUCGCUUGCAGCGGCAAUUGCUCAGUUUAUCGACUAUUCUUGCAAGAUUGUGUGCAAGAGCAAAGAAAUAUACAGCUCCACCAGCGGUCUCACUACAGAACAUGACAGAACCGAAACAGCCACCUUGCGGCUUAAAGAACUGGCCCAAUCAAUACGUUUACCACCAAAAAGAACCAACUCUGGAUCCAGCAUCGUUCACUCCAGACUUCAGAUAAUCACUCAAGAAUGCUUUCUUGUGUCUGAUACUCUUAUCAACCAGCUCAAUCAAUUGAAAGCACCUGCCCGAUCACAACAUCCAAAAUGGAAAAGCUUUCGAAUGGCAUUGAAGAGUGUUUGGUCGAAAGAUGACAUUGAUGAAUUUGCUCUAAGAUUGAGAGAUCUCAGAAAAGAGCUCGACACUGAGUUACUUUUGCUAUUGCGAGAUGGUUCAGAUUCAAUGUCAUCUGCAGCAGAGAACCAUUUCCAAAAAUUGGACGAAAAUACGAAGAAGGUUUUGAAUGAGCUUCUCAAGAUGCAAUCGUCAGAUCAGGAAUUCCUUCGUCGUUUUGAACGACUGAGUUUUUCUCAGCAAUCGGAGUUUCAAAAACUUGGCCUAUUGACCGCUAAGCAGAAUUCUAGCUUUGAGUCUCUGAAUAAAGACACCAAAGAUAUCAUCGAUUUGUUACUUGAAUCAAGGGUCUACUGCAAUGAGAACUUGAUUCUAUCUAGACAAUUGGUGGAACAGAACCGCCAGGCUGCCGCUGAGCUAGUGGAACGUGAUAGUAGACAGCGAGUUCGGCGUGCUCAAAAAUUCAAAAUUGUUAUCUUAGAGUCCCUUCGAUUUUCGGACAUGAAUCAUCGACAAGAUAUGAUAGCUAGUCCAUAUCAAAACAGCUUCCAUUGGAUCUUCAGAGACUCUACUGUCCACCAAAAACCAUGGAGUAAUUUCGCAACUUGGCUUUCUGAAUGUUCGGGCAUCUAUUGGAUACAGGGCAAACCAGCAAGUGGCAAAUCGACUCUGAUGCGUUUCAUAUAUGAGCACCUACAAACCGAACUCUUGUUGAGAAAAUGGGCAGGAUCCUCUAAGAUAAUAACAAGUGCGUUUUAUUUCUGGUUAAGUGGGACGGAAAGACAACGUUCUCAGAUCGGACUCCUACGCGCACUUCUACAUGGUCUUCUCCGAGAAGAUGAGAAUCUCAUUCUAGAGAUAUUUCACGAGGAAUGGGUGCGGAUGUGCGACUUGGAAUCACAUGACCUGGAAUUCCAAAUUGAUGAAUGGUCUCUAGGCCGCUUACAGCAAGCGUUCAAAAGACUUGUCGGCAUGUCCAGCCCUUCACUCAAAGUCUGCAUCUUUGUUGAUGGCUUAGACGAGUACGAAGGGGAUCAUGGCGAUAUGGCAGAGUACCUAUUCGACCUUGCCAACGAAUUCCCCUUCACGAAGUUUUGCAUUUCGAGCAGGCCGUUGCCAGACUUCUUGUCAGUCUUUCAAGAUGCUUGCACAUUGAAGCUAGAAGAUCUCACUCGUGAUGACAUCAAUGACUAUGUUGUUGCUAAGCUGGAGCAAAAUCAACUGAUGCGAAUGUUUAUAAGUAAUGAUUUGGGUACAACAAGUUGGCUAAUUGAAGAAAUCAUUCACCGAGCACAGGGUGUCUUUCUAUGGGUUAUUCUCGUCGUCAAAUCGCUCAUCCAUGGGUUCAGGUGUGGAGAUGGUGGAAUUGAACUUCGGAAACGACUUGAAAGCCUGCCAGUAGAUCUUGAGAAUUUGUUUUCUCAUAUCAUCCAAGGAAUAGAACCGGAGUUUCGUCAAGAUGCAUCGAAGAUUUUUCAAAUAUUUAGAACAUGCGGGAAUAACUUGGACUCGAUCACUCUACAUAAUGCAUUACAGUAUACUUCACACCAUCCCAUCAUAUCUAUGGAGGCUGCAACAGAAAGUGAGUCCAUGGAAGAAAGGCUCAUGAAGAUCAAUAAAACAAGAUUGCGCCUUGCCAGUAGAUGUCGUGGACUCAUUGAGAUAGCGGACGAGCAUGAUGGCGAAAUGAUAAUCCGCAUUGCUUCCAAUGAGAGUGGUGUGAGAGAUAACAAACAGAUAUUUAACACAUACGAUUCUGAUGUUAAUAUUGUUGAGGAGUUUAGGAAUCACAUCCAAAUUUCGGCCAAAAACUUUUUUCCAGCUCCUAGCGGAACUUUGGCAAGCGAACCAAGAGCAGCGAGGCAGUUGGCGAGGGAAAUAGAAGACCCAAGGAUAGAUAGUGCCGGUAACCUGAUACGGGUAGCAGUAGUGGUAGACCCAACUCUUCAGGUACCAUUGUGGUUAGAACGGACGACGGAGAAGGUUGCAGCAAUGAAUGCCUGUUAUUCACUUGUAUACGGACGCGAAGGAGAUCUGCGUAUACGAUUAUCAAAUGAUCAGAUGUCGGCGCUGCUUGGUUCCAUAAGGAGUCGCGCCUGUCGAAAAUUCGUUGAGACACAUACCAGGGCGAGAUGCUACAUGCGGAAAAUUAGAUAUCGUGUUGAUGUGGAGCGUUUCCAAAAGGAAUUCAGAGCGAAGAUGAUAACCUUAGAGGAUGUUAUACAUCCUUAUGCACUGUGGCUGCAUGUGCAAUGGGGAGGAAAUCUCUCAGACUGGUACCAUACUAUCCGCACCGAACAGCUCUCUUCGGUACAAGAGAGCUCUUCGGUAGAAGAGGAAUCUUCAUUACACAGCUCUUCGAUACUAAAAUUACAAGAUUUUGGGGCAAAAGGAAGGAUAGUCUAUCUCCACCGCACGGCAGUGGAUUUUUUGGAACGAUCCAGGAACUGGGACGAGAUCACAAAACAUACAAUUGAUACCACCUUCGACCCCGAGCUAGCAUUAUUGAUGGCCCGUGUGAUUGAUAUCAAGCUCGAUCCUAAAGAUUGUGUAUACACUAGUGGGGUAGAAUUGUUGAGUCAACUCCGUGAAAUUCCUUGGCAGAACCCGAAGGUCAUGGAAGAGGCUCUCGAACUGGUACAAGAAGCUGACAGGGUUUUGAGCAUGCAAGCAGACCGAAGAUUGUCUAGACACUGGUCACAAAAAGAUCCAAAAUGGGCAGGAAGAAACCGACCUGACUGGGGUGAUGAUCUUGAUUCUGCUGCUGUCAAAUAUGGUCUCAUAAUGCUUCUCAAAGCUCGAAAAAGCCUGACAUCCGUCGCGCGUUAUACAAGCCAACCUCAAUUACCUUUACCACAUAUAUCAGUCAAAACCAGAACAGGGCUGCCUCUUUUAGCUUAUGCACUGUCUAUGGAUGGAUGGGCACUCGGUGACCUAGUUCCCGAUAUUGUCGUACUUGAGGAACUACUUAUUCAUGGCGCUGACCCAAAUGAGCAUGUCAAUAGCUUUUAUACAAUCUGGGAAUAUGUCAUUUAUCUGGUUCACGUUCUUGUAUCCAAGGACAAUUCGGAGAUCUCAUCACUCUCCAUGAAGUGGGUUAGAGUUUUCGAACUGAUGCUUGAGCACGGCGCUAACCCGUAUGCUUGUUGCAUGAAGAAUUCUGAUGAGUUUGCCAAAUUUAUCGGAGGAUUACCAAAUGCGAUACCAAACCUACUGAGAUCGAUAGCAGAGCAUGACCAGAGGGGAUUUUCUUUCGGCCACUCUACGAAGGGGAGACACGACGAUGAAGUGUGGGAUGAAAACGAUACCUACCCAUAUCAUCAUUGCGUGUCUGCCGUUAUAAAAGAUGUAUUCGAGCAUGGAAAUGUCCCGGGACAUCAGAAUCUUCAGGAGAUGAUAAGAAUUCGAAUGGAAAAAUAA